AUCAUGUAGAGUUGCAUAUUGCAUAAUUGGACAUGACAUUUCACAAAAGAAAGGUUCUUUUAUACUCAAGAAUGGUAUCAUAUAUUUGUGUAACUUCUUCUUCUGCAGCUUCCAAUGGCAUCUCAUAAAGACAGUCAAUUUUUUGAAGGAGGAAAAAGUCAAAAUGCUAUAAAUCAAAAUGGAGCCUCUCAUGGAGGUUGGGGUAGAGCAUGGAAGGCUGAUUGGUUUUCUUUGAUAAGUGUCAUCUUUCUACUCUUCUCUUGUCCCUUUAUUGUCUACUAUUUUGUAAUGUCAUGUGAUCAGUACCAUUGCUCUUUGAGUGAGCCAGCCAUCCAGUUGCUUACGGGAAAAGUUCACCUCUUAGAUAUCUGGGACAAGACACCCUCUUUCUCUUGGAAAAUUCUAAUCCUUUACUUUUCUUGGGUAAUAUUCCAGGGAUUUUUGUUUAUGAUUCCUGACUUUUGUCAUAAAUUUAUUCCUGGUUUUCGAGGAGGAGUACAAGAAGGUGCCAUUUCACCUGCUG